CGGGUCUCGGGGUCGCGCCCGAGCACCAUGGCGGCGGCCGGGGCAGACCCGGGUUCUGAACCCGCUGGCGGCGCCCAGUUCUUCUGCACCGCGGGCCGCGGCCUGGAGCCGUUCUUGAUGCGGGAGGUGCGCGCGCGGCUGGAGGCCACGCAGGUUGAAUAUAUUUCAGGAAAAGUGUUUUUCACUACCUGUUCAGAUUUGCCCUCGAUGAAGAAGUUAAAGUCAGCGGAAAGACUGUUUUUGUUGAUUAAGAAGCAGCUUCCCAUUACGGUCUCCUCCCUGCACAGAGGAAGACUACUUAAUGAAAUGCAAAGAUUUAUAAACGAUGACCCAGGAAGCUGGCUGAAGGCGAUUUCACUCUGGAGAAAACUUCUCGACCAUGAUACAAAUGGAGAAAAGGUUUCUCAAGGGGAUGCUAACCCACUAAAACGGAAAGCAGGAGAAAAUGACAGUAUCACUCCUAAGAAAUUGAAAUUAGAGGAGAUGCAAGUGGUUGACAAGAGUCACGGGGAAAGCCAGCAGGACCAACCACAAGGCCCACUGGAGCAAGGGGAAACUCUCGCUAGAACGGACGAGCUCCAAGAGCAAAGACUCCACAGAGCCUCGGAGACGGCGGCGCAUGCUCAGAGCCCGGAGGACUUGACCUUCAGGAUUUCCUGUCGCUGCAGCGGGAGUAUCAGAAAGGUUGUCACCGGACAGGAGGCAGGAAGAGUGGCUGGACUGGCUCUCAUGAGGCAGUUUGGUUGGAAAGCUGAUUUGAGGAAGCCAGACUUAGAGAUCUUCAUGCACCUGAGUGAUGCCUACUCUGUGGUGGGGAUUCCUCUGCUCAGAGUUCCCUUAGCCAGCAGAACUUACCUCCAGACAGCGGGGCUGCGGUCAACCAUAGCGUGGGCUAUGGCAUCCAUUGCAGAAAUUAAGGCAGGAGCCCUGGUUUUAGAUCCAAUGUGUGGCCUUGGGACUAUACUUGUGGAAGCUGCUGAAGAGUGGCCAGACGUAUUUUACGUGGGUGCUGAUGUGAGCGACUCGCAGUUACUUGGCGCAUGUGACAAUCUGAAGGCCGCAGGCCUUGCACACAGGAUCGAGUUACUCAAAGGCUCUGUCGCAGAUUUACCACUGCCAGCUCAAAGUGUGGACGUUAUUAUUUCUGACAUUCCAUUUGGAAAAAAAUUUAAGUUGGGAAAAGACAUCAAAAGCAUUCUACAAGAAAUGGAAAGUUCCAGGUUCAUACAGACAACAUAGCACAGUGACUGAGUGUCGCGCGCCCAACGUCUCGCCAGCAGGAACGACGCGCAGACACCAGGAUCCUUCUGCAGCAAAGCGUUUAUUACAUCUUGAAGAGGAGAGACCCAAGCCCCAGAAUGGCGCUGCUUAUAUACACCCUAGCGCGGCGCGUCCACACCUGAUUGGUCGCUUACCCAUGAUCUCACUGGCACGCCCCGGGGUGGGCAAAGACCAGGCACGAAGGCACUCUUGAACAUGCGCACACAGUUAACUUCCUGAAAGGAAGUCGGCUGGCGCAGCAGAGGCCAGCGCCAUCUUGUAAUGGCGAAAGCUAUUCCGGCUUUCCACAUGGGGCGCAGUGGAAGCCAGCGCCAUCUUGUGGUGGUGAAUGUUAUUGCGGCCCUCUACAACUGAGAACACGGCCUCGGAAGCCAGGCGGCUUAUUCCAGGCUUGGCUGUGACUAUAAUUCCUCAGGCAUAAGCAGACAGACCACCCCGUGUUUGCUAAUUUUUCUAUCAUAGUGUAUACCUUCACGGAUUGUUCAGAGGGUUCCGGGGGUCCAAGGCAUUCAGAACAGUUCUUAGCACUAGACAGCACUCAGCUUCUUAGCCCCGACCCAGACUUCCUAGCAUAAGCCACUUCUUGGAAGGUGUGUGAGGAUAUAUAUUCACAGCUAAACGCAGAAGCCGUCCUCCUAAUAACCCACUGGGGUUUAUUGAUCUAGACAUCUAGAAAUCAAAAGAGGAGACUCGUGUUACUAAAAUUAAGAAAAAAUAAGUACUCUGUAAUCUUAGUCAUAAUGGCUGUGGAAAUAGAUGGUCCUGUGUGUCAUAUAGAACAGGAUUCCCCAAGAAGGAAUGUGGAUCAGACUCAGAUUGUCAGACAAAUGAUUGUGGGGAUAGCAAGGGCUGCACAUGCAGCUCACUUAAUGAUCUCUUCAAGACAGCACGGUUAGGAAUUUGAUGGAGCAUUUGGGCUUUCUUCUCAGCUGUUCCCAUGUAAAAUACAGGAGCAAAAUUUAAAAUGAACCUUGCUACCUUGAUGAAAGGAGAACGUUCCACGUGCUGAAGAGGCGCGGGAUGGUUUCAGGGAAGAAAAGAGUUUCCAGUAAAAUUUGGAGUUAUGAAAGAAUUUUCAAAGGGGGCCAUGUCUUUAUACAUGUUAAUAUUCAGUGAGUAAGGAAGCAGCAAAGCCACUCAAGGACCAGUGACCAAGGACACCAAACUUUCUGAGGCAGAAGGUUGCCAGUAGGUGGUUUAGAUGGCAAAGACCUCAUGUGCUCCAUGGUCCAGUAACGGCUUUCAGAAUCAUCUACACCAGGUCUUGCCAGGUCACAUGCAGAAGAGAAAUCUUUUCUAUGGCUUGGUAUACAGAGUUUUCUCACCCUUUUAACAACAGGACAUUUUAAAGAUAUUAUCGUCAAUAUCAAGAACCGAAAUACUGCUGCUAUUCAAGGCAAGCAUUUUGAGCAAUGUUAUAAUUUCUGAAUAGCCUUUUGUGAGAAAUUCUAUGUACAUGUGCAUGGAAAGAGGCCUAGAGGAGCACUCAUCAGAGAAGUUUGGUCACCUUUUCUCCUCUAUCCUCUCCAUUAUUUGAAAAAAUUGCAAUAAGUAAUUUGUUAAAUAUCAUGUGAAGCGUCUUGCCGUGCAUGUGCUACAAGAGGGAGGUGGCAAAUAGUCAGUAAUAUGAGCUAUCAUCAUUACCCAGCACUGUUACUGUGCUGCUACUGCAAUUAUGUCAUCCUGGGGUAAUUUCACAGAGGUAACAUUGAGGAUUGAAGAUAGUCUGUAUUGUUGAUAGAAUAUAACUAACCACUGUUCCAGAAAUCCUAUAACAGCCUCCAUCUUCAAAAAUGCUCACCCUCCCAGUGUUCCUGUCAAGGUGGCCGUUGUGGAGAAAGGGGACAGAAUACCCGGCUGGAGAGGGAGACCAUCCUGGCUGUGCUGUAGGCAUCGUCAAGAGAUGCCUGCCUACAGAGGUGGCAGCAGAAGGGUAGGGCCUGAAGCACACAAGGGGAGGCCUGUUAAGUGGAGAGAGAGCCGUGAGACCAAGUGGUUAAAGGCAGAAGCAUGUUAGUGCAUUCGAGUGACUGAAGGAAGAUCCUUGGCCAAAGAGAGGCAGGCAGGCAGGCAGUGGGUCUAAAACACAGGAGCGGGCAGACUACAGAGCAGCCUUGAGCACCACAGGACAAACUUCAGGCAUGUGCCUUCUUGAGUGGACACUGGCAAGACAUGGUGGGAGCGGGUACCGAGUGGACUCUUCCUUUCUGCCCUGGCCUUCCAUCCCCAGGCUUACUAACCAGGGCCACUUGCUGGUCCUAUAGCUUUUGACACUUGAUACCGUGCUCCUUUGGCCUCCAUGGCACUGCCAGUGUUCCAGCUUUCUCUACAUUUCCUGGUUCUCUUCCACAGUCCACAGAGAGAAGUCUCUGACUCUGCCUCAAGCCUUGGUCUCAGGACCCCCAGACUGCACACUUAGCUGACCUUUGGAACCCCUGAUACCAUCCAUGGCAUCAUCCCAUGCUGAGCUCUGCUCCCCUCUUUCUGCUCCCCCCACCAGGCUGAGCUGCUUUCAAUGCCUCCUGUUGCCUCUGUCCCCACUGCCUCCCAGGCCCCUUCCUGUCACUGGGCUAGCUCACUCCUGAGCCUGUUUUUGGAGCCUCUAGUGUGCACCUUGCAGCAUCUGCCUCACCCUCGUUGUCCCUUGCCUCUCCCUCACUGCUGUGACCUUUUAGUCACUCACGAGCUGUCACUGAUCCCAUGGAUGGGUCACUGACAGCCCUUGAAUGACUGAGUAAAUAAAUCCUCAAAAGCUGAUGUUUCCUGAUCCACUCUCUGUGGAUCCAUCCCUUAACCAACCGUCCCUAGUUCAUGUCCUGACUCCUCCCUGGCGGCUUCUGCGGGCAGCCUUUUCUUCCUUAAAUAUGCUAAUUCCACAGGGUUCUGACACUUGCCUGUCUUGUUCUACAAUCAUUUAUUAGAAUGCGACUACAAAUUACUUUGAAGCUUGCCUUCUAAGUAGAGCAAAAAUAGAUAAUUAAAGCAGAUUUGUACUAGAGAUUCCAUAAUUACUAUAAUGAAUAUGCAUUAUGGAAGAUGCUACCUAAUUAUCAAAACUCUUUUAUUUAAAUAGAUGAAAUUAAAUUUCAGAUUAACAACUAUUUUAAAUACAUUGGAACGGUUUGUUGUCUCAGAACACAGAAACACUCAUCCCAAUUACCGAUUGUUUGGGUUUUGGGUUUUUUUCCUCACAGAGUGCUGCACGUUGAUGGAGUCAUGAUCUUGUUGCUCAGUGAGGAUCACCACCGGCGUCUUACAGACUGUGGAGGCAGCAGCAUGCCCCCGACUUCCCAGGGCAACGUCUCUGACCCUGAGAUGAAGAUGCUUUUGAAUCCUGACAGAACUGGUGCCCCAGACACAGCAUCACCUUCACAGAAAGCAAGCAGCUUGCAAAGUCUGGGCAGGCCAUUGCCCUGUGGCUCAUUGGUGCCAGUGGAGUCCUUCAAAGUCAGCCUUGGCAAAACAGAUGCUUUCAUAUGUAAGUAUAAGAAGGCAUCCGCUUCGGGACUGUCCCCAUCCCGAUGCCAUGAGCCAGGUGCACAUCCUGAGGUGGCAGCCAUGCAAGGAUCCCCUGGUCUCCAGGAUUCCAUAUGCCCCGGAGCUCCAAGCGCACAGCCUCUACCGGUGGGCAUGGCCAAGAACACAGCAGUCCGAUGAGGCGCCCUGCUUUGUCCUCUCCAGUAUUCAGCUCUUAAAGAACAGCGGAUUAAGAUGUUGGAAAGACUUGAUGUAAAAAGUACUUCUUCCCAAAAGUCUGACUUGAGGAAACCUUUAUGUGUAACUUUUUUAUAUAUUAAACUUCAUCUUUUUAAACCUA